AUGGAAUAUCCCGCGUUGGGCACCUUGCAGGCCACGGACAGCGGAGGGGCCGGGCCGUACAACAGCUCGGAGGAGCGGGAGGGCCGGGACUCGGAUGGGGUGCGCUUCGACCGCGAGAGGGCGCGCCGCCUGUGGGAAGCGGUGUCCGGGGCCCAACCUGUGGGGAGGGAGGAAGUGGAGCACAUGAUCCAGAAGAACCAGUGUCUCUUCACUAACACCCAGUGUAAGGUUUGCUGCGCCUUGCUCAUUUCUGAGUCCCAGAAGCUGGCACAUUACCAGAGCAAAAAACAUGCCAACAAAGUGAAGAGAUACCUAGCAAUCCAUGGAAUGGAGACAUUAAAGGGGGAAAUGAAGAAGCUAGACUCAGAUCAGAAGAGCAGCAGAAGCAAAGACAAGAACCAGUGCUGCCCCGUCUGUAACAUGACCUUUUCCUCCCCUGUCGUGGCCCAGUCACACUACCUGGGGAAGACCCACGCAAAGAACUUAAAGCUGAAGCAGCAAUCCACUAAGGUGGAAGCCUUGCACCAGAACAGAGACUUGAUAGACCCAGACAAGUUCUGCAGCCUCUGCCACGCGACUUUCAACGACCCUGUCAUGGCUCAACAACAUUAUGUGGGCAAGAAACACAGGAAACAGGAGACCAAGCUCAAACUCAUGGCACAUUAUGGGCGGCUGGCGGACCCAGCUGUCACUGACUCAUCAGCCGGGAAGGGCUACCCCUGCAAGACAUGUAAGAUAGUGCUGAACUCCAUAGAGCAAUACCAAGCUCAUGUCAGCGGCUUCAAGCACAAGAACCAGUCACCAAAAGUAAUGGCAUCACCCCUGGGCCAGAUUCCAAUGCAAGGGCAAUCCAUUCAGAAAGACUCCACCACCUUUGAAAACUAA